AUGGCGGAUAUCGAGUACCUGAAGAGCCUACAAGCCGUCCGCGAACGAGCUCGUCUGGUGCUCCACGCGGCGGAGCAGGACAAACUCACCCACUUCAGCUACCGGGAAGACUUGAUGCCCGCAACAGCUGACUUCGUUGCUGGCAUCAUAACCAGAGAUUUCGGGCCGGACAAAUUCGACCAGAUCCCUCCCCACGGCCGAUGGCAGCACUUUGAAGUUGGCGGGAUUGCUCGGGUUGAGCAGCUUAUCCGAGGAUGGGAAGCGCAGGGACAUGGCAAGGUCGAGGUUGCGCGACGACUCACAGAUCUGUUCUUCGUGGCUGUCCUGCUGGAUGCGGGUGCGGGCGAUACCUGGAAGUUCACGGAGCCGAACACAAGCAAUGCAUACGGCCGUAGCGAGGGUAUUGCCGUUGCGGCGUUGUACAUGUUUCAAGCGGGUGCUUUUUCGAGUGAUAAGGAUAAGCCGGAAACUGUAGAUGGACGAGGAUUGAUGCAGCUUAGCCUUGACACAUUUCUGCCGCAUUUCCAAGUCUCUCCCACCAAUCCGUUAGUCGGUGUCGAGUCGCGGGUCACGUUAUUGCAGAAUGUGGGCUCGUCGUUCCUGGCAUUGCCAAAGAUCUUUGGGGAAACCGGCCGUCCGGGGCAUCUUGUUGAUUAUUUGCUUGAGAACCGCGGUAACUCGGAGCGUCUGGAUUUCGAGAACCUAUGGGGAGCCCUGCAAGAGACGCUUCUACCUGCCUGGCCUAAGAACCGCACUCAUAUCCGUGGCAUUCCCAUCGGCGAUGCCUGGCCUCUUCAAGCUCUGGCCCGCCUCAAUCCUGAAUCAGGAGCUCAAAAUGAGACGGCCCACAUUCAGCCUUUCCACAAGCUAACUCAAUGGCUAGCAUACUCACUUUCUGUCCCUAUGACGAGGAUCUUGGGACUUGAGUGGGACAAUGCGGAGAGCGGCACAGGACUAGCGGAAUAUAGGAACGGCGGCCUUUUCGUCGAUAUGGGGGUUCUUACGCUAAAAGACGACGUCUUGAAGGCAGGUCUUGAGCGGUCAAAGCAGAGUCUCCCGAUAUACGACACCACUGGAGAUGUCAUUGUCGAAUGGCGGGCGAUGACGGUCGCUUUGCUGGAUAAGCUGCACGAGCUAGUCAGAGCUAAGUUCUCGGAUCGAGGGGUCACUCUGAGUAUGGCGCAGAUGUUGGAGGCUGGCUCGUGGAAGGGAGGACGAGAGCUAGCGGCAAAAUAUAGACCUGAGACUCGCUCCAGCCCAAUCUUGAUCGAGGGCGAUGGCACGCUCUUCUGA